GGUAUACGAUGAAGUCGGUCGAUAAGUGACGUGAUUGUGAUUUCCUCAAAAACAAGGGGAUUACCCCAAUUGAAUUUUUCUUGUAAAAACUAGAGAAUGUCUUAUAUUGUUGAAUUGAAUUUUGAAGAUAAUAUACUGAAUUGAACGUACAACUAACCAUUUAUCGUCGAGCAUUAUUUUAUUGAUGCUACGCCAUAGAAGUAACCUAAUUUUAGGUAUUGAGUAAGGCGAUGGAAAUUGUUAAACGCGUAAUAAAAUCUAACCAUUAUUCCGAAACAAUUUAUUGUUACAAAACAGAAGUAGUGAGUGAGAAUAGUAGUCUUCUCGGCUUCAAGGAUUCUUUACCAGUUUUAAGCAAACCUAUACAUAAUAAUAUUAAUAUGGCAUCUGCACCUGGCAAACGAACUGUUAGAGUUGAAACCAAUAGUAAUACUGGCGAGAAGUUUAUAAUGCUUAAUGGUAAGAAAAUCAAGAUAUUAGCGGAAUCUGAAAUACCCAAAAACAGUCAAAUAACAAAACUAGCUUCACUUCAAAAUCUAAACAAUUCCAAUUGUCCUGUGAAGAUAAAAAUAUUAAAAGGGAUCUCAAAGAAGAAUGAGGAAUAUCAAAAUUCGUUAACUAAUCAUACUAAUAUCUAUCCCAUAAAUAUUGAUAAGAAAGUUACAUCACAGAUAACUGGAAAAAUACCAUUAAAUGAAAACAAGUUUAAAAUAAUACCAAUCAGUAGUGUGGAGAACAUCGUAGCAAACACAACUGAUAAGACUACUAUAGAUAGCCUCAGAAUGUUAAAAAAUGAUAAUGUUACUAACAAACCCAUCAUUGUCAAUACAACUUUAUUGAACAAUCUUAUUAAUAGUACAAGUAAUAUUCAAAGUGCAGCUCUAGAUCUAACGAAAAAUUGUGAUAUGCAGGAAACUACCAGGACAGCUGUAGUGAGCAAAGACAAAUGUUUACAAGCAGACAUUAAACCCAUUAUGGUUACUAAGGAGGUGCAAACCGAUGAUGAUCUUGAACUUGAUUUGGAUUAUUUAUUAAGAAUGGAUAUAUUUGAUUUACCCAGUAUAAUUAACGACAUAGAAACGCAAAGUCCAAUAUCUGCUGGCAAAAUGAUAAAUAGCAAUAUUGUUGAUGAUGGUACUACUAAAAAAUAUACUACAUUGAAUAAUGUGGUUUCUAAAAAAAAUAAUGAAAAUUCUUUUCUACCUAGUAGUAAAUCAUCAAAAAACUGUGCAGAGAACUUUUUCAAGGAAUUGCGAAAUGCCCUUAUUUUUGAUGAACAAGGGAAUUUACCAAUUCAUGUAGCAGUUCUGACGAAUGACAUCAAGUUUGUUAAGCGUAGUAUAUUUAUCCUGAAACUUUUGAAACAAUCAAUGGAUAUACCGAAUAAUAAAGAUUAUAGUCCGCUUCAACUAGCAAUUAUUAAUGACUCACCAGUGAAUAUUAUCGGCGCUCUAUUAACUAACGGCGCUAGCGUUCAUCUCACGGAUUCCGAAGGAAAUAAUGUUAUCCAUUACGCAGUUGAAUUCGAAAGAGCCGAAGCCUUGAAAUGGUUAUUGAGCUACAUUGGACCGGAGACAAACUGUAUAGACGAAUAUAAUCACGAAGGGUUAACGCCGUUGAUGAUAUGCUGUUUAAAUGGUUAUCACGAUUGUGCAGAAAUUUUGUUGGAAUCUGAGGCUAACCCAAAUGUCAAAGAUCAAAUUUCUGGUAGGACGGCCCUGUUUCAUGCCUCCGAAAGGCAAGAUGUUGACAUGGUUGAGAUGUUGUUGCAAUUCAAUGCUUGUACCAAAACGAAAAAUUUCUUCGGAACCAGCCCGCACGACGCCAUGUACGAGAUCGAAGAUAUGCCGGAACAAAUAAAAUUCAUGAUUUUAGGAAAAAAUAAACGGAAAACCGUCGACGAUCCGAGACCUUCAAAAUAUAAAAAGACGGAAUUGAAUAAAGCCGGUUUGAAAACUUAUGCCAGAUUGGAAAAAAUCCAAUUCAAACCUAACGUAAAAACGUUUUCAGUUGUUAAAUAAUAACAACUUUUAAUUAGCUGCGCAUAUUAUGAUCGAUAGAUGUAGAUUGUUGUACUACAACUUUAAAGUUUCAACAUCUGCAGCUAUCACCAAUCGUGCAGCUACUAUAAAGACAUAAUAUCUCAAAAUGGAAUUGCCUUUAUUGAAGCAUGCGACAGCGGGGGAUAAGUUUUUUAGUGAAAAAUUCUUAGUGACGUAGAAAAAUGGCGACACUAGAUGAUAUAUAUGUUAUCUAAUGUUGCCUUAUGAUAUUUACUUCGGAAUUUAGUAUCUAUAAUGUUUGUGUUCACUUUAAUUUUAUGCAGUUGUUAAUAAUUUUAUUGUCUAGUAUAGAUAGUGCCAGAUGGGUGUACUUCAUGAUAUGAAUUGAAUUGUAGAAUGUAAUUAUCUAUAGUUUUAAGAUAGUUUUAAGUUUAAUAGGUAAAUAUUUAUUAGGUAGUUAUCUGAAAUUUUAAAUGCGUAUAAACAAGUUAACCAAUUCACUUAAUGCCUACUAUAGUGAAUGUAAUGGUUUUCAUCUCUAUUCUGUUGUUAUUUUUGUAUUAUCAGGAAUGUUGUUGAAACGUUUUUUUUUCUUGGAGAGUGGGGAGAGCCAGAAGUCGUAUAGUACUGGAUCUACGAGGAGAAACAGAAAAAGCUUUGCCAAAAAUUCCCCAAUCAAAAGAUUUGUAGUACUCUGUUUUAUGGAACAUGUUUUUGUACGUUUUCCUUUGUUUUCAAUGUCUAUGCAUGAAUCGAACGUUCUUCGUCCUGAACCAUUUUUAAAACAGUCUUCACAGUAUCUAGCUCAUUACCGUAGACGAAUUUUGAUGUCUUUGGUACAUUUUUAAACUUCAAUUGUUAUUUUAGUAGCACCUCGAAUAAAAAGCGCUCAUGCGUUUUGAUACCUGAAAUAAUGAAAAUUCUAUUGUAGCAAAUAUAUAUCGGUACCAUAUAGAACAUUUAGGUAGUAUUUAAGUACUCUUUGAGUACUUUCUACAAUAUUUAAGUAUUUUCCGAACAAGUUCUAUAGUAUUUCAAGUACUUUUAAAGUGCUUUUUGUGGUAUUCAAGUACUUUUCGAAUAUUUUCUACAGUGUUUGAGUACUCUUCAAACAAUUUCCAUAGUAUUUAACUACUUUUAGAGUACUUUCUGCAGUAUUUGAAUACUUUUUGAGCAUCUUCUGUAGUAUUUAAGUAGUUUCUGAAUACUUUUCGAGUACUUUCAAGUAGUAAUUGCUGUAAUACUUGAUACUUUUUUGAUUAUUGGAGAAUUCAAAUUAGUGAGGCUGUUUUUUAGAUUUUUUUUUAUUGAACAAUUUUAUACUUAUAAUUCCAUAAAGGAAAGUCAAUUAUGACUGGUACUAUUCUCCUUUUAACAAUUCCAGUAACUACCUAUUUAUAGCCGGAAAUAAUCAGUAUUAGAAAACUUAUUUUCUUAAUAGUCGUUAGAAAUUUCUUCUAAUUAUUUUCAUUAAGUUUCAAUUAGGUUUUUAUCAAGUUCAAUAGUGGAAACAAAAUUAUUGAACCAGAACCUUAGAAAAUUGUAAAAAGCAUAAGUAGUAGGAUGAAACCUAUUAAAAAAGGAAUAGAAUAUAAGUAAAAUGAAAGAAAAAAUAAAUUACGGAUGAUUUGAGGUUAGGAAAAGGAAGGGGGGGGGGUGAUUUUUUAUAGGUUAAAACUUUAUCUGGCUUUGUGGUAAAACUAUGAGUCUUAUGGAAAAAAUUAGAUACUAAAGUUAUAGGUAAUAAAAAAUCUACAAUUUUUGUAUCCACACUUUUUUCACAUAACCUCAAAAUUUAUGUGAAAGAUUUAAAUAACUAAGUUUUUAGUAUUUUUUGUACGAAAUUCUGUGUAAAAACCGUUUUAUGACUAAAAUAAACUGCAAUUUUUUUUAUUUUGACUUACUAUCGAAAAAAUAUCUCCUUUUUCAGGUCUGAUAAAAAGUCAAAAUAAGAUGAAAAAUAUUUUAAAUCAAAAUGUGUAAUGUAAGUUUUCACCGAAUUUUUCACAAAAAAUUAUUUGUUUUCAAAAGUUGGAAAUAUAAAACCUAAAUAUGGUUGCUUGAAGCUUUCACAUGAAUUUAGAGGUUAUGUGAAAAAAUGUAAAUACAAAAUUUGUGGAUCUCAUUAUUUCCUACAGCUUUUCUCCCUAAGACUUUACCGCAAAUCUUGAUAAACCCUCCCUCUUCCAGUUCCCGACCUCAAAUCUUCCGUAAAUUAUUUUUUCCUUCCAUUUUUAUUAUAUAUUACACGAAGUUGAAAGGAAACGCAUUUAUUUGGAAAACACAAUUUUAUUGCCACUGAAUUCAACUAUUUAACAUCCGCGCCAGUCGCUUGCUGAGAACAUAAUAAUAAUGACUGAAAACUAAAAUCAUACAUCGUUUCCUUGUGUACAAAUUCGUCAGUGAUAAACGAUUAGUCAGGUUCUUGAAAAAAGACAAAUACAUCGAUUACUCAUUUUCGUAAUACUCCUUAGAAAAAUACGAAUUCUUUAUGAUGACAAAUCGAAAUAAAAUUAUACAGGUUGUAACUAAAUAUGAAUCUAAUAAGAACACGUGUAAACUAAUAACAAACAAGUAUCUAAUCAUAAUACAUAAUAUUCUAAUCAUAAUACAUAAUAUCUUCCUUUUCCAAUAAGUUUCAUCUUACUACUAUGUAUUAAAAAUUAUUGACUGGCCUAUAGGAAGCAUACCGUAAAUUGUUUACCUUUUUGUUCAUUUGUAAAUAUAUUGAUGUAUUAAAUUCUUAAACUAUAAAUCAAUCUAACUUACUUACUUUAAUGUUUUUAUUAAAUAAAUUUAAUUUAUAAAUGUGUAA